UUUUUUUUUCAUCGUUAGAAACCUAUAAUUUUGUGCAUCACUCAAACUAGCUGUAUAGGAAAUGCGUAAGCACAGGUUUAACAGCGAGGUCCCAAAAGGUUUUGCAAAAUUCAGAGGCACGCCAGUGAAGGAAGGUGUGUGCUCCAUAGUGUGGUACAAGGACAAAAAUCAACUAGCCUCUUAGAAGAGACCCUUUUUUGCCUUUGUCAGGUAAUUAUAGGUCUUUUUAGUUUCUGCAGGAGCCCCGAUGUAACGUGUGGGAGGCAGCAAGCCCUGCACAAUGGAGGGCAGAGGCGGCCGGGGAGGGGGGGGGAGGCCGGGAAUCGUCCCGUGUAUAAGGGAGCUGAAAAGGAUGGCGUUGAGAUUUGGGCUUUCUUCGGGGCUUGAAGAGAACGUGCGACGUGGGAUAGCGCGGUGGCCCGGGGAGCAAAUGCCGAUUAAUUAGGCUCAGUAUCAGGGUGCGGUGCGAUCCCACGGCGCAAGAAGGAUUCCUCCGACUUUCCGAUGGGCUUUGUAUAAAGAAAUGCUGGUGUGGGAUGAAAGAGACUCGAACCGACCCCCUCCCUCCCCCUCCCAAGGCAGCGCCGGCUCUUGAUUGAAAUUUUAUUAUUAUUAUUUUUUUUAAUUUUGUUUUGUGGUUCUUCCAUCCCUCUAAACUCUCCUCUAACGCAGCGGGCUAAGGCUCUAAAAAGCCACGGCUCGCUCUCAGAAACCCCGCUCCUUCAGUGAUUCCCUAUUUCAACUAAAAGGAUUUAAGUUGACGUAUGACCACGUGAGCACAUAAUACAGCGCAUUAUUGUGGCAUUUGGAGUGGAGACCCGGUCUGGCUCCGUCUGCGAUUACGCUUUUCCAGUUUCUGUUCAGAGCAAGCACUGCUUUCUAUUUUUUUUUUUCCUGCCCCCAUCACCGUCCCCUCAAGAGCUGGCCAUUCCGCUGACAGCUUUCGUUCCUUAUGGAAAGCUUAUUGUCGAGCCGAGAGGACGAAAUGCUUCGUUAGAAAGGAUGGAUUUUAUUUUAAGGUCUGCCCGGAGCGGCCAUUGGAGGAGCAGUGCCACGUGACAGAGGGGUGCCAAUGUUAUUCUCCAAGGGUGUCAAGACCCUGUCAGUUUGCGAAAUAAAUAUUGGGAAACAACGAAAUGCAAAAAGCGACCUACUACGACAGCUCUGCAAUCUAUGGUGCCUACCCCUACCAAGGAGCAAAUGGUUUCACUUAUAAUGCGAGUCAGCAGCAAUAUCCUCCGUCUUCGUCACUUGUGGAAACUGAGUACCACCGCCCCGCGUGCUCCCUCCAGUCCCCCGGCAGCGCCGUGUCCCACCACAAGGCCAAUGACAUCAGUGAGAGUUGCAUGAGGACCCUCCCCAGCCAGCCUCUACAGCCCCCUGGUCUCGCUGACCCGCAGGCCCCACCGCAGCCACCUCCGGCCCCGCAGGCACAGCCUCCACCUCCGUCCUCGGCCUCACCAUCUCAAAAUGCCAGCAGCAACCCUGCCCCUGCCAACCCCACUAAGAGCCCGGCUCUUAACUCGCCCACUGUUUCCAAACAGAUAUUCCCGUGGAUGAAAGAGUCUCGGCAAAACACAAAGCAGAAAAACAGCAGUUCCAGUUCAGGUGAGAGCUGUGCUGGUGAUAAGAGCCCCCCAGGCCAAGCAUCCUCUAAGCGAGCCCGUACGGCUUACACAAGUGCCCAGCUGGUAGAACUGGAAAAGGAGUUCCACUUCAAUAGAUACCUUUGCAGGCCACGAAGGGUUGAGAUGGCCAAUUUGCUCAAUCUCACAGAAAGACAGAUCAAAAUCUGGUUUCAGAACCGCAGAAUGAAAUACAAAAAGGAUCAAAAGGGCAAGGGCAUGAUGACCUCUUCAGGAGGACAGUCCCCAAGCAGAAGCCCCGUCCCUCCAGCUGCUGGGGGAUACCUAAACUCUAUGCAUUCUUUAGUAAACAGUGUUCCCUACGAGCCCCAGUCACCUCCGCCAUUUAAUAAGCCUCAUCAAAACACCUAUGGCAUCCCCGCAUCGUAUACCGCUCCUCUUAAUAAUUGCCCACCUCCUCAAAAAAGAUACACGGGGACAGCAGCUGUGACACCUGAAUAUGAUACUCAUCCUCUUCAAGGCAACGGUUAUGGGAAUCCACAUAUACAGGGAAGCCCCGUCUAUGUAGGGGGCAACUACGUGGAGACCAUGACCAAUUCUGGGCCUUCCAUCUUUGGUCUAACUCAUCUCUCUCAUCCUCCCUCUGCCAACAUGGACUACAGCGGGGCUGGGCCGAUGGGCAACAAUCACCACCACGGACCUUGCGACCCGCACCCGACAUACACAGACCUUACAGCUCACCAUCCUUCUCAGGGAAGAAUUCAGGAAGCGCCCAAACUCACCCAUCUGUAGGAGCCAGGAGUCACUAGGUGGAACGCAAAGCCCCAACCUUUUAAAGUACUCUCCCCUUCCUCUCUGCCUCUCCUCCCCACCACGCGCCCUCCUCCCCUCUCUUCCUUCUUUCUUUUGUUCAUUUUAGUUUGUUUCGUUUCCUUUGGUAAAAGCGUUUUCUAGUUUAUGUGACGUAGCAAUAUUUGUUGCUUGAAUUGCUCUAUAGUUUCACUAGUGGAUAUUUAUCUUCUUGAACUGCAGCCUCGUGUCUCACUUUGGGAGCAUACAGAGGCUUUAUACUUUACCUUCUACACUUUUAUCAAAACAGGGUAUAUGAACAAAUUUUCUAUAAAAGGAAUUCUUAAAUGUGAAUUUGUUCGUACAUGAUUGAUCCCACGGGGAAGCAAUUUUUUUAUUGCACUUCUUUUAAAUAGCGAGAAAGACAUCAGAAGCGCUUGGACAGGGAUUCCCUGGACAGUUAUUGAUACGUGUAAGUCUUUCAAUGUGUGUAUGCUGGUGAACAUUCAGAUUUAUUUAUAUUAUUUUUUUUUUUUUUUGCAAACAUUGAAUAAUCUAAGUGUUUAAAAUUUUAUUUAUCCCCAUUUGUUCAUAUUUAUAUAUAUAUAAAGAAUCUGUACCCUGAAUAUUCAGGAGGUAUUUACCUGGCCAUGUGUUAGAUGGCAUAUCGGCACGCGUAGGAAAUAUCAUUUGAAAGGGAACUAUAACUCCUUUAUUAAAAUGAUAACUGUGAUGACAACAAUGCAAUAAAAUCUGGGAAGAAAAAAAAAAAAAAAAGAUCACAGCUUGAAUAAUUGAUGCCUGUAACAUCCAGGUAGGGGGAAAGAAGGCGUGUGAAGCUGAAAGGCUUAGAUUUGUGUUGAAAGUUAUACAUUCCUUGCUGCUCACGUUCUGAAAAAAAAAA